AUGGAAGUCAGACCUAUUGGGUGGAUAUGUGGGCAGGUGCUGAAGAACUUCUCUGGAAGACUUGAGGGUAUCCAGAAGGCAAUCAUGGACCUUGUAGAUGAGUUUAAAGAUGAACUCCCUAACAUCCUAAGAUUAUCACAGUCUAACCAGAAAAAAGAUCCAGUGCAGAAAACCUCCAAGGUAAGAAUGGCUCUAGCUUUAGCCCAGAUCAACCGAGGAACAUUAAUUCAAGGAUUAAACAGCAUAUCCAGCUCUUCCAAAUCAGUGGCCAAACUUCUGCAGCCACAGCUCGCUUAUAGACUCUUAGAACUGAGGCACAUCUCUCAUCGGCUGCUGAGAGAGGUGAACGCGCCAAGUCAACCUCUGUACAGCAUGCAGGUCAGAAGGGGUUCUUUGUUUGAAAUAAUUUCUUUUCCAGCAAAAACUGCUUUAACUAGCAUAAUGUAUGCUUCCUACGCAGCACUAAUUUAUCUGGCAGUCUGUGUUAAUGCUGUGCUGGUGAAGAUAAAGAACAUUUUUCAAGAAGAAGAAUCCAUAAGGCAAAAUAGAGAGAGUGAGAAUUUUAGGAAAGCCUUUUCUGAGCCCGUGCUUCCAGAGCCCAUGUUUUCUGAAGGUGAGAUCAAAGCAAAACCUUACAGGUCAUUGCCGGAGAAGCCCGACAACUUUUCAGCUCACCGCAAGCCUCCUGCCAACAAGCAGAGUAACAAGAUCCAGGUUUUACAUUCUGUGUUUGACCAAUCAGCUGAACUGAAUGAAUGAGAAAUUCAGACACAAAUACCACUUCAGAGAUCAAUAUUCAUCUGUCCAUGGGUACAUUUCAUCAGACAAAACCAGAAGACCAGUUUACAUAUGCUGAAUGCUCUUCUAAAAGGGGGUAGAGCUGGGAAAACUAUGACAUCAUUCUCUUGUUUUUAUAUAACAUAGAGAAUGGAAUGAAUCUUGAU